GCAACCUGCGUACCAGUCGUGUCGCAGUGCUUACGUAACAAUAUAUUAUUAUUAUUCUUACUUGCCUGACCGGUGUGUUGUUCAUUUAUAAAUUGCGGUCUACGUUUUUUCGUUCGUCCCUCGCCGAGUCACUCGUCUUUGCCGCUCGGUCUCUACUCUAAUUGGUUCAAUCGACACGCAAUUGUAUACAUACAAAAGGGUCAAUCGUCAACGUUAAUACAUAUACAUAUCUUUUCUCGAUCAACUACACAAAAACACGCGAAGAAAUACAUAUAAAAUACAAGCACACGUAAAACACGACGAACGCACGCGCCGCGCUCGCGAUAAACGCGCUCUACGUCUCCCGCGAAUCGCCGUUACCUGCCUGUCUCGUCUGCACACGUCGUCGUGCGAGUACAUCCGGAUCCGGAUCGUCGCUGUUCAACAUCGUCGUGCUGGUUCAUCUCCGUGGUCGCGUGAUCGAUUGAUACGCGAUUAUUAAUCAAUAUCGUCUACGAUUAUAUACGUGUUAUAAAAUACGCGAAGAAGAGAUAGCAGGAGAGGAAUCAGGAUAGCACGUCGCUGCUGCAUGGGUUACUACCUGCGGCCGGUAAAUGAACAAGUGUCGUCGACGAACCACCACUAUAGAGCACGUUCUCUGGGUUCGGCCCUCCUCCACGGGCACGGUGUAUCGAUUGCUCUAAAAUAGACGCGUGGGAACACCUGCAGGCUACAUACACAUUCUACCUACAGCUCAGACUGUCUGGUUCUCGCUGUAGCCCUCUCUCUCUCUUACUUUCCCACUGCAUCGGUCUUUCCUGACGCCCUUGCACAGCUCGUGACAGGUGCAACGAGAGUAACGGUAGCAGCAGCAGCAGCAGCAGCACCGCGCUGUCGUAGGGCUGGAGGUGGUGGAGGUGGUGGCGGUGGUGGCGGAGGUGCAAGCGAUCAAGAAGAAACGUAACAGGAAGCGGAAGAAGCGAAACGAAGGCGAAAAGAAAGAGAGAGAGAGAGGGUAGAAGGACAGAACGGAAGAAAGUACAAGAGACAUAGAUCGUACGUACGUGGAUAUACGUGCGCGCGCGCGCUCGCCAACGGAAAGGAAAGGAGGGAAAGGUGGAGAAGGAGGAAGGAGGCGAUACGCCUGGGUUUCUCGCGAGAAAAGGGUUAUUUCCAGUGAUACGUCCUGGAGGCGCCUGUCGUCUUCGCCGGUACAACCAUAACGCCGCCCGCUUUAAAACGCCCGAGACGGGAUACGGUGGACUCAUCGCCGCCACCCGCUCGAACCGCAGCCCCCGGAAACCCCGGACCAUCCAGCAAACUCGCUUGCAUCAUGGACGCACCGCUCUCACAGAGUAUGGACUCCGUCAACACGGUAGCCACCGGUGAAGACGAGGUGCGCACCUUGUUCGUGAGCGGCUUGCCGAUGGACGCCAAGCCGAGGGAGCUAUAUCUGCUCUUCAGAGCAUACGAGGGGUACGAGGGGUCCCUGUUGAAAGUCACGAGCAAAAAUGGGAAAACAGCGUCGCCGGUGGGUUUCGUGACUUUUCACACGAGGGCCGGCGCCGAGGCAGCGAAACAGGACCUUCAGCAGGGGGUUAGAUUCGAUCCUGAUAUGCCACAAACCAUACGUUUGGAAUUUGCAAAAAGUAACACAAAGGUUAGCAAACCCAAGCAACCAGCCGCUGCAGCAGCCACCUCGCACCCUGCUCUGAUGCACCCUCUAACUGGACACCUAGGGAGCCCAUUCUUCCCUGGUGGUCCUGAAUUGUGGCACCAUCCACUGGCAUACUCGACCGCUGGCGAAUUACCCGGCACGCUGCAACACGCGACGCUGGUGCAUCCGGCGUUACAUCCUCAGGUCCCCGCGCCCAUGUCUCUGCCGCAUCCUACGACGCUGACGUCGAUACACGCGUCGCUGCCCCAUUUCCUACCUUCGCCGGCACUGGCAUCGCCGGUAGGUUCACCCUCGUCCCAGCCGAACAUAGCAGUGAGCAACGCGCCCUGUUCCACCUUGUUCGUGGCGAACCUCGGCCAGUUCGUGUCCGAGCACGAGCUCAAGGACAUCUUCAGCAGUUUUCCUGGUUUCUCCCGGCUUCGUAUGCACACGAAGGGAGGGUCGCCAGUGGCCUUUGUCGAAUACCAAGACGUUCGCUACGCGGCCCAGGCGAUGGCCACUCUCCAAGGAUCCUUUCUCCUCUCCUCCGACCGGGGAGCAAUACGAAUCGAAUAUGCAAAGUCAAAAAUGGCCGAGGUGGGCUUUACAAAUCUCUGGAUCGAAGGAUCAAAGAGAGAAGAAAACGGGCAACCUUAAGAUCGACAUCAACGGCAUGUAAGAGGAACGAGGGAAGACCAUGCGUGCUUACACCCCGGAAUGCAACGAUCGUCAAGAGACCCGGAUUCAGUUGUUUGCGCAAUGGUAACGAAGAAAACAUCGACGAACAACGAAUCCACGACAAACGGUUCGGCAGGUUUCCAGAGCAAAUCGACCGAGUUGCUCGAGAAAUCGUUGCGAAGACGGAAGAGGCAAUAUGCUAGCGCAGGAAUAAUCACGGGAAACCGAGAGAGAAAAGAAACUAAAAUGGGGUGGGAAUAUAUCGAAAGGAAGAGAAAGUAAAAAGCACGUGCGACAAAAAUGAAAAAAACAGAAAAACAGAGUAACGGAAAUAGAAACAAGAAAGUAAGCAUUCGCGUACACGCAAUAAAAAAUAAAAGGGGGAAAAGAUACAAAGAAACACGCAUAUAGAGGAAGAAAAUGAGAAAGAUCGGGGAUUAACGAAAGACGAGGCAGGGGUGUGUCUGCGUGUGUAUGGUUCGAGCCUCGUCUCGCGAAAAUCAGCACCACGACAAGUAGGGGAAAGAGAGAAACGAAGAAUAAACGGAACAAAAAAAAAAGAAUUCUUAUAAAUUGCGCGGAGCAACGGCGUUUUAGAUUCGCGACUCGCGGGGGGCCCAAAAUAAUCGCGUAUAUAUGAUAUUCCUAGGUAUAUAUAUUUUUUAACGACUUAACUUAUCGAUCUAUUUCGAUUAGCCGUGUACUACCUUGUCUAUUUAUUUUCCACCGAGUCUUGAUUGCGAUCAACGACGACGACGAAGCGAGAGACACGAAUAGAAGAAAAGAAAAAAAAAAUACGAAAAAAGAAAAAAGAUGAAACGAGAAGAAUACACGAGAAGGAAAGAGACACGAUACAUAUACACACACACACACACGCACACGCACACGCGAGAAACACGAAAGACACGCGAGAAAACGAGACGGAAGAAUCGUCGCGUCGGUGCGAGUUCGCGCGAAGCGUCGUAACGCUCUAGCGAAUUUCUACGCAGAGGCAGUCGCACGUUGCGAUUUCGACACUCGUGACACCAUUUUCUUUCGCAUAUACGCAUCUACGCGCAUACACGGAUACACAGAUACACGAACAACACACGUAUAUACAUACGUUAGAUACAUACAUACAUACAUACAGAAAGAGAGGAGAGAAGCGUAAAAGCAGGAAGGCACUGUUGAAGUCACACGCGCACGCAUAUAUAUAAAUAAUUGUUCACACGUACACGGAGGAACAUACAGAGUCCACAGUCGCGAAAGAUUCUUUUAGGAAAAUCGAGCCCCGCGCUGUUUUCGAGCAAAUUGUUUUGGAAGAGGAAAGAGAAACGAAACGGGUUGGAAAUUUAUUGUAUAAUGCAGGUUGAUGCAAUUACUCCCGGAGAGACAGAGUAGUUUUGUUGUAGCACGCUCUCUUUAACCUGUUAACUGGAUCGUUUGUUGAAACGAACGUAAACGUUUGGAAAGACAUUGCCCAUCUAUUCGAACGUUGAGAGAAUGAAUUUCUAUUUUGCUGUUUCGUAUAGAAAAAAAUUGAUAAGUGUAAUAGAGGAGAAGGAGAGUAUAGAGAACGAAUAUCUAUUUUACUUUUUUAAGGUAAUAAGAGAAAAACGACGGGGAUAGAAUAACGAAGAAACAGUUUGAUAUUUUAACGAACAGCAACGAACGGUAUCGUUUUAACUCCUUGGCUCACGGCGUUCGUCCAUAUUCGCGAGAUUGCGACGCGUAAUAAAUAAACGCGAGAUAAAAGUUACGAUCUUUUCUCGAUCGAGAAAAUCGAGGACCACGAAACGUAAAUUCGUACGCGUAAUACAACAAUUGGAAGAGGAAAACGCGAAAAGUGGCAACACGAUUCGACUAAAGUACGCAGCGGAACGAUUAUGUCGGAGUGAAAAGCGAACGAGCAAAGUUAAACAUACCUGUAAGCAUAAAUAAAAAGAAUCGCGAAGCAUGGAGUUAAAGCAAAGUACUUAUAUAUAUAUAUAUACAUAUGUAUAUACAUAUAUUUUUUUUAAAAUACAAGAAAAAGUAAGUUCAUUCGUAUCGAAAGCAACUUGUUCGUGAAAGUAAAAUACCGAAUUAUAUAUUUCCUAAUUAUCGAAGAUUUUGAAAAGCAACCAUCCAGCCGAUCGCCAGUUAACAGAUUAAAAGUGACGCAGCCAGAGAAAACUCGAGAGAAAUCCUAUCCUAGUAUCUAUAAAUAACUGAAGAAGCGUACGUAUGGAUAUACCGAUUCGACUCGUAACGCAUUCGUUACAUCUCCGUUUCGUACGAGAAUUGCCAGCAAACUCGAAUCGCGUCCAUUAAUCCCGGGACGAUGUAAUUCGACGGAGGCGUGACUCGUCUCGUGUCGCGUAACUCGCGUGCUCGCGAACCACGAACCGAGGGAUUCGCGUGGAGAACAACGUCCGACGAAGAAGAGAACGAAACUGAAACGAAAGAGCGAAGGCAGACGCGGUGGCUCGUAGACGAAAUUGCAUAAUAUAGAGAUACAAAAGAGACGAAGACGAGUACAUCAAGCUUAAUACCAAAGGUGCCCUAAGAAGCGUGUAUUUAUGUUUUAUCAUUGGCGCGUCGCGAAAAGGCGAGCAUAUACAUUUAAUUAUGUAUCUUGUUAAGGAGAGUCUAAUAUCCUAGACGAGAGUGGCGAUGAACGACAAGCGUGAAUCGGACAAGCGUGAGUGGGAACGAAGAGAGAAAAUACGAAUAUAGAAAUAGCGUGUCAGUGUGAGAAAGAGGGAAUGGUAUGAACGAAUGAUCGAUAGAAUGAUUGUGUUAAUUUACGUAAUAAUCUUAUACAUAUACAUAACGAAUGCGAACAUAUCAUAGGAUUAAGCAGUAGAGGGAAGAAAGUUAAAGUUCUCGUAAUAAGGAUAAAAAGAAAAAAAAGUAACUUUUAAAACGAUCUGUCUUUGUAGUGGCGCGGAUAGACAGAAACGAGGAUACGAAGGUGGUGUGUGCCCUGCGUGCUAGAUACGACGGCCAACUCGGCACGUAAUUUGCCCAAGUGCCUUCCCGUUGGUCGAGUCAUGCUGUAAUUCGUACCGUGUAUUAUUCGUCUCGUCCCGAUUUCAAACGUCGAACUCCCCCCUCUCCCUAUUCUCCCAGUAAAUCCAUAUUACGUAUUGUACGUAUACCAUACGCAUUAAAGUACGAAAAGAGAAAAAAGAAAAAAA